AUGUCAAAUGACACUGAAAAGAUUGCUGCAAUUCUUGUAUUAGUAUUAUUAUGUAUCUGCUGUAUGGGCUGCUGUUUAUGCUUUUGCUUUAAAGCUAGGAAUGAUUCAAGAAGAAAUGUGAGGAUGUUUAGAAGAUUAUUAAUGGGUAUAAUAAGUAAUCAUGUGUAUUCUGUAGUACCUGACUCCCCCUAGUGAUAAGCUAAUCCUUGCUUAUUAGUGGGAGUUUUAGCACAAUUUCAAAAAAGUAAAUUUUAUAUGAGGAUGCCAAAAAUGCAAAUUUUGAGCAUUUAUACCUAAUAAGCAAAUUUCGAUCUAUCAUAUAAAAUUUACUAUGCUAAAUCCAUGAAUAAGCUGGAGUUUGCUUAUUGCUGGGGAAGUGAGCAUUUUUCAAUGCAUGAUCUCAAUCUGGAACCUUUUUUUCCAAAAUUUAUGUUUGGUGAAGAUUUCAGCAUAAAAGCCGAGCUAGUAUGCUGCAUAUGUUUUGAAGAGUAAAAUUAAAUUUAGAUUUAGUUCGAUGUCAUAUGUAAGAAGACUGCCAUGCUGUCAUGUUUUCCAUGACCAAUGUAUAGAUGAAUGAUUCAAAAGACAAUCAGAGCCUCAUUGUCCACUCUGCAAGCAUUUAUUUAUAUAAAUGACAACGAUGCACAACGAAUCUCUUGACCUCAUGACCACGGCAAGCUAUUGUUUGCCUGUAUCCGGUAAGUGCUGGUUUUAUACUGUGGCUAGGUUUAGAGUUGUCAGCAUCAUGAGAUAAUUUCCUUGCACGGACAAGGAAUAUACUCUGAGCCUUGAAUUUUCUUAUAACCGCCAAGACAUGACACUUAUUCACUAUCAGACUCUAAGUUUCCCUGCUUGGAAUUAAGCUGCUGUCCUCAAGCUAGAAGGCCGCAAAAGUCCAUAAUCUGCCCUCUCAAAACACUGGACCUGACAAGGCAAGUAGGAGGCGUUCAACCAAUCGUAAUGUUUUAUAGGAGUCAUUUUACUAGGAGGUGAUGAAGGAGUAAAGUGACAUUUGAGCUAAUUUGCCAAUGGAAUUUUUCACAGAUCAAGAGAGAGGAAGACAUCUCAAAUAGAAUCAAGCACACUAUGUGAGGUCCUUUGACUGUGUAACCAUAUAACCUAGCCACGCCUGCAUAAUUUUAAGUUUAAGCCCUCUCUGUAAGCAAAAUCCAUUUUUGGUGCCUGAAAAGGCUCCAGCUAAGCAAAGCCCGACUCAAAUUCCGAGACCCCGAAAAAGAGGGGAAACUGUAAAGCAGCCAAAUGUUCUUUUAGCUGCCGAAACCGACGAAAGCUCUAGACACUCAUUUAGUCUACCUUAA